GGAGGAUUCGCUUCCGGGCUCUGCUGGCCGAGGGAGGGAACCGAGGGGGGAGCAGCGUCGGCGGCGUCGGCCGGGGGGAAGGUGGCACUCGGGCCAGGACCGAGCUCCCUCCGGCGGACCCGCCAUGUGAGGAGACUCCCGACGCCCCCUCAGGUUACACCAUACACCAGAAGACAUGGACAACAGCAGUUUAAUCCAGUUUGACGUUCCCGAGUACAGCAGCACCGUACUGAGCCAGUUGAAUGAGCUCCGCCUGCAGGGAAAGCUUUGUGAUAUCAUUGUGCAUAUUCAGGGUCAGCCAUUUAGAGCUCACAAAGCUGUCCUAGCUGCCAGUUCUCCAUAUUUCCGUGACCAUUCUGCAUUAAGUACCAUGAGCGGCCUCUCAAUAUCAGUUAUUAAAAAUCCCAGUGUCUUUGAACAGUUGCUUUCUUUUUGUUACACUGGAAGGAUGUCCUUGCAACUUAAGGAUGUUGUUAGCUUUCUAACUGCAGCUAGUUUUCUGCAGAUGCAGUGUGUCAUUGAUAAGUGCACACAGAUUCUUGAAAGUAUCCAUUCAAAGAUCAGCGUCGGUGAAGUUGACUCUGUUACUGUUGGUGCUGAAGAUGCUCCGGAAAACCACAACGGUGUUAAAGAUGAGAGCUAUUUUGCCAAUCCAGUGGAAAUCUCUCCUCCCUAUUGCUCUCAGGUGCGGCAGUCUACUUCGGGCAGUGAUUUAAGAAUGGAAACAGCUCCAAACAAAUCUUUCCGUAACCGUCUACAAGAAGAAGGGCACUCAGACCGUGGUAGUAGUGGGAGCAUUUCGGAAUAUGAGAUUCAGAUUGAAGGUGAUAAUGACCAAGGGGACUUGGUAGUCAGAGAGAGCCAGGCUGCUGAGGUGAAAGUUAAAAUGGAAAAAUCUGACCGACCAAGUUGCUCAGAUAGCUCUUCUCUUGGUGAUGAUGGGUAUCACACUGAAAUGGUGGACGGGGAGCAAGUAGUGGCUGUUAACAUUGGCUCCUACAGUUCUGUAUUGCACAAUGCCUACUCAUAUUCCCAUGGCUCAUCCCAGUCUGCUAAUGCACCAGAUACCUUUGGAAGCCUGAGAAACUCAAGCUCUUCAAGAUCCAUGCUAGGCGCUCUUAGAGGCCGUGGCCGUCAAAAACGGAUCUCUACUAGCUACUUGCAUAGUGAUGUUUCAGCACAAGGAGCUGAUGCGGAAUCUGCAGCAAAUCACCCAGGUUACGAAAACAGUCCACGGGAAAGGAAUUCAAGAGGUCACUGGUAUGCAUACAGUGAAAGAUUAAUCUGUAUAUACUGUGGGAAGUCUUUCAACCAGAAAGGGAGUCUUGAUAGGCACAUGAGGCUGCACAUGGGAAUAACCCCCUUUGUGUGCAAAUAUUGUGGGAAGAAGUACACGCGCAAGGACCAACUCGAGUACCAUAUCCGUGGCCACACAGAUGACAAACCUUUCCGCUGUGAGGUCUGUGGAAAAUGUUUCCCUUUCCAGGGAACUUUAAACCAGCACCUGCGAAAGAAUCAUCCCGGUGUAGCAGAAGUAAGAAGCAGAGUUGAGUCUCCAGAAAGAACAGAAGCCUAUAUCGAACAGAGAGAUGAUGAUGCUUUAGCCUCUGAAACGCUGGAUUACAGCAUGGAUAUACAGACAUCUGAUUAAAAUUUACUGCAUCCCUCAGUGCAACUCAAACAAAGCACAUUGAUCAACGCAUUUCCUUCUCGUUUCUUUGAUAAGUUUUGUAACAGGUAUAACAGCAUUGUCAUUUUCCUGAUUUUGCAAGUCUUCAGGCCCUGUUCCUAGACAGAAGGCUACUUUUUAUUUUUUGAAGGAAGUAGGGUUAGCUUUACCCCUAAAAAUGUUUAUAAAGGGCAUAGUAUUCUUCAAACAAAGCACGAAGAAGGAGGGAGGCUGGGGCUUCAACGGUGAAAGAUACUAAAAACAAGGCAGAUAUGGCCGAAUAGUAUAUUCUCUCCUUUUGUGCUUUGUGCAGCCUAAUCCUAUGUAGGUAUACUUGGAUGCAAGACCUACUGAGUUCAAUAGGACUUGCUUCCAGUAGUAUGCUAGGAUGGCAGCCUUAACAAACAUGUUAUGUAGGAGCAUAAGGUAUGCCUCCUAGAGUCCCAUCUAUGUGUCAUACUAAGUUGUGGGUUUGGGUGGGUGUUUAUUUGUUGUUGUUUGAAUAACUAUUUUGAUAGCUUUCAAUUUUAUAUAAGAUAUAUUAUUAUAUAUAAACAUAUAUACGAUGUUCACUUUUUCUCUUUUGGUUGGGGUGAAUGUAGAAAUAUCUUAAAUGGAAAGGAAAAAACCUCUUUCUAAAAGGCUUUCAACUUUCAAUCUUCUCUUUAGGGUUUUUUCCUGCUUUUUCAUGAAGCUUUGCUUCCCCCCCCAUGUUCAUAUAUUGUGUCCAAAAGUGAGCAAUGCUUUGAAAUAAAUUUGCUCAAUAGCAUGCAUAAACCAAAUGCCAUAAUUGUAUUAACUUUACAAUGGGGAUUGUUUGGGUUUUCUGUCUAGAAUAUAAACUAGACAACCUGUGGUGCUGCCCCCUUUUUAUAUAGAAAUGUGUUGUUAUACUAGCCAACCCAAAAGUAGCAUUGUGGUUUUAAAUGUUUUUACUAUCCUCAGAAUCUACCUUCAUUUCGUACUGUAGAAAGCAUACCAGGUAAAUCAGUCUUACUUUAAUCACUCUAUAUGGUUGGUUUAAAGAAGGCUAAGCAGGAUGUUGUAGUCAUAUCUGCAAUAUUUCUGUACAGUGUUCUAGUGAAUCACUUCCACAGAGCUGUUUUCAGGUGCGCCAUAACUUCCGAUUUACCAUUUUCAAGUGAAAUUAAAGCACCUGUUUUUUUACUUUUUGUAACGAUGCCAUGCGGGAUUUAUGAGCAAUAUAUCUUAUUGUAUUAGAGAGGUUCUUUUGGCUUCUCCAUAAUUUCAACGGCUGCUCAGUAUUUUAUUUUUCAUAAAGAGCCAAUGACAAACACAUUUACACAUCCUUUUAGUAAUCAUUUUUUUUCCUCCUUCAGUCGUUUGGUAUCUUUCUAAAGUGGUGCUAACUUUUUUCUCUUAAAUCCAUAAUAGAUAUAAAAAAAAUGUGAAACCUUACUAUAGUGGAAUCACAGUUUUUUUCCAGUUAUUUAUCUGCCUGAAAACACCUCACAAAAGUGUGAGCUGGCAAAUAAUUACUGUAUGAAAACUCUUAUCAAGUAAAUAGAAUACAGAUGUUUGUGAAUAAUAUUUUUCAGUACUUGGAUAUAUUUAUGCUUGGCAGAAUGAGAAACUUCUUGGUAGAUAUAUUCAUCAGGAUAGAAAGCUGUUAGUGACAGAAGCUGCAUGACAAGAGAGACCCCUCCCCCCUGCCCUCCACCUACCUGUCUCCUCUCCUGGUUCUGCUUCAGUUUCUGCCUUAUAUUCCCUAAGCUAGUGCUGCUGUAGCUUUAAGGUUUCCUGGCAGAGCAGUACAGAGGCAUUAAAAUGAUGCUGGAACAAGCCUGGGCUGUGAGGCACAGUAAGAUGCUUACUUGGCUGGUGGCCAUAAAAAAGGAUCCUUCAGGUAUAUGGAAUUCUUGGAACCCAUUUUCUCUUUAUUAGAGUUUUAAAUCUUCACCCACUUGUAGGAGUGUUCUGUUCCCUCUUAAAACAAAUUGGAUGUGUGCUUCUUUCACCGCUUAUAGGCACAAAACUGAGUGAAAUAGGAAGCGCUGCACAAAAAUUUGUUGACAGCUCUCCCAGAUAGGAUAUUCGGAAUGUGUGAAUUUCUUGCUGCCUUCAAGAUUUUGUGUGUGUGUGUGUGUAAUUUAAUGUGUUGACUUUUGAAUCUGAGCCUCUGUUCUUAAUUCUUGUAUGAUUCCCUAAAUUUCUCACAACUGUGAAUUUUAAUCAUAUAAAAGUGUAUGGGUUUUCUUAACAGGAAGUCAUAAUCCUUCAAAAUUCUCAUUCUGCGGGGGCUACUUCUAUUUUUCAUGUAUAUUCUGUGAUUUAAAACACUGAGAAAAUAGCUGUGGUUAUACAAUGGGUGGCAGAUAGAUACAGUGUUUGGAGCUUUUGAAGAUCUGUACUGUACAGUGUUCCAUAAAAAGUACUUUAGCUGGAGAGCAAGUGAUUUAUACAAUUUGUAAGCAGCACCCCAUAUCAGCUUUCAUUUUCCAAAUCACUUAAGAAGAAUGAAGCUUGCUUGCUUGCAGUGGUUUUGAGAGCUUACAGCUUUGUUUGAGAUUUUAAAAGACUAGACUUCUGCAGUAUUUUUAGAAUGGACGUUUCUUUACUUUAUCAAAGCCAGUAAUAAGGAUUAAUGUUACUACAUGUUAACAGUAAAUCAGGUUUGUUCUCUAGACUCUGUUUUAGUUAGACAAAAUGAUAAUCCUUUUCCUACUAUAGCUGCCUAAAAGAUUCUUUCCCAGGAAAACACUAACUCCCCUCCUUUUCCCUUUCUACUAUUAGUAUAAACCAGGGCUGGAGCCCCAGAAGAGCCAGGUUCAGUGCACAUUCCACAUGUGCAGACAGGCCUUUCCUGCUUUCUGCCUUCCUUCUACAGCCCCCAUCCACUUCUGAGGAUCAGGAGGCUAGAAAUGAAAUGGGAGGGAUGCAGCUGGGCAGGUAGAAUGGAAUUGGUGACAGACCCACCCCAUGCAUGCAGAGAAAUGCUUUUCACAGGCCUCCGGAUUUACAGUCUGCUUCAGGGAGGGUACAUGUCUGACCAUUCAUUCUUAUAACACAUUAAGAUACAAAUCAAUUUUAUUGUAUCUUUUGCAGAGAUAUGCUUGCAUUUGAGACCAUCAAACAAAAGUUUGGACAUGCAGAGUUAAAAUGUAACCCUUUACAGUGAAACUGUGCUGUGGUGCCUUUUAAGCCACUUGGGUUUACGCCAUAGUAGUAUUAGUUAAGGAAAGAGGGGAAAUGCAGUUAACUUUGUAUUUCCCUGACUUUUGUCUCUGUGUCAAUCUUAAAAGUUGUUUUAAAUAUAGUUUUUUGAAUCCGUAAACUUGGUUGAACUGGUUUGAGUUUACCAAAGAGUGACUUAACAUAAUUUUGGAUAUUUUUGAUUGUACAGCUUUCAGGUUCAAAUGUUGCGGUGGAACUGUUAAAAGCCUAGGAGUUAUCAAUCUCCUGACUUCAGCCACUUUCGAGAGAUUUUUGUGUUCCAUAUACUCAUUCAUGUUGAUGGCCAAAUUCGCAUACAGAAAUGCUAAAUCAUGGUUUAGUGCUGUGUGCAUGAGCUGCAGCAAGUCCAAACAAAGCCUUGGGCGCCAAUGCUUCUCCCUCUGAUUCCCAUGCAGCUGAAAAGACGUAUGCAGCAUUUAGCUUCACUUUCACAGAAUCACUGGUGGUGAUUUAAAAUAAGCUCUGGUCAGUUUCUAAAGAAGGCAACUUCAAACCAUAAGAAGUAGGGACUGCACUGCCCAUUUUGCACAAAGCUCUAAGCCACUGUUCAGUGUGGCAUGAGAACAAGGCUGGUAUGUUUUUACUCUUCCUGCUGCCUACCGGGGUUCAAAAUUAUCAAGCCAUAAUAUAGUACUGUAAAGAUCAAGAGCUUCACUGGACAUGUAGGCAGCUCUAGAGAUCUAAUCUGGAGUAGUUAACUUGCGUGUCUUCCAUUUGUUUCCCUGAAUUUGAAAUGUGCCUCAAAGGCCAGUUCACAGAAGACACAAGCCACCUUGAACACUCAUUUGGUGGAAAGGUGGGAUAUAAAUCUAGCACACAAAUAAAUGGUGUUCUCAUCCACUCUGUAGGUGCAUUUGUGUGAACAAUGCAAUAUUCAUACAAGGCAAUCAUAGGAGGUGCAGAACUGCAGACAUGCACAGUUUCUCUAUUUCAGUGGUAGUCCCAUGUCCCAUUUUCACCCCACCCCACCCCACAUGUAGCAUCUACCCUAUGUUGAUGCAUCAUCAUCACAUUAUGCAUUCCCCUCCACAUCAUUGACUGGGGUGAAGAUACAGCACAACAUUGCACACUCUGCGUACACAUUUCUGAAGGAAUUUCACCUAAGAAUGCUGUUUUAGCAUUCCACUCACACUCAGCAGUACCUCCUGAGAUUGUAACAGCUGGCAAAAUGCUGUUUGAUUGGAGGAGCUGCUGGCUUCCGGUAGCCACCCAGUUCCCUGUCUCAGUUGUCUAUAUUAGUGCACAGUGUCUGUAAAAUGGCUGGGGAUUGCUUGUGUGUAGGGCAAAAAAGUUUUUGUGUUGAAGCAGCUUCUGUCUUCCUUGGAUUUUGCCCUAGAUGUGCUGCAACACACGAGAGACUAGCAGACAAAGCUUCAAGUCAGGCAGCAGCAUCUAAAUCGUGCCUUGUCACAUUAUGGUUCCAUGGGAAUGGGGUGCCAUCUUUUAAUCUUUUUAAAUUCAUAUCUUAUGUCCACCAGGAUGAAAAGCAUGCAGUGACUUAUUUUAGGUGAAUUCUGAAAAUACUGUGCAGUACUGAUUGCUGUACAUAUUUGAUUAGUCUGUUUCAUUUAAAAUAAACACGAAAGCCAAGAAAACCAGUAAGAUUAAAUAUUGGGUUGAAAAUAUGUGAAAUCCUGCAGGCUGAUUCAUAAUUGAGUCUCUCAAACUACCUUUUUAGAUACAUAGACAAUGUGAAGAAUACUAAAAACAGUGACAGUGUCAUUUUUUUCUCCUUUAGAUGUUUUAACCUAUUUACAAACUGUGAAAAACAAAAACAAAUUUUAUACUUUUUGCUAAUAUUUGUGGUUUUAAGCAGCUGUUUUUUUUUUCUUAACUGGUUUAUCUUCCAUAUAAUUUCUAUUGAAGUUGUAAAUAAGACUCAGAAAAUAGCUUUGUAAAUAAGUGAGUUUUUUUUUUUAAGCAACGCAGCGCCUCACAGUUGGUUCUGUAUUCAAGUGUGAAUGCUUUUAAUGGCAGAAAGGAUACUGUAUUUCACUGUUCGGCAGAAUUUACUGUUUAAGUUGAAAUCAGGGAUGCUCAUCUUAAGGGGAGACAUGUGGAAUUUCAGUAGCCUCUAGCCAGCCCUUUAUUUAUGCUUUGCAACAUAAUAAGUUACCAGAUUCGUCCAUGCCUUGCUUAUUUAGAGUUGUUGCAGACCUGACCUCUUUUUAGACACAGUUCAGAGGUCCGGAGCAAAAUCUCACCACACCACCUCAAUGGUGGCCAAGAGCAAUGUUUGAAUUGAUGUUAACUAAUAUGAAUAAGACUAUAACCAGGUUUCCGUCUGGUUCUUAACCUGGCUAGCUCAGCAUGGUUAAACCUAGUCAAGGCUCUUAAUCAUAGUUAAGUGGGAGGGGAUACUUGUGCACUCCUCUCAAGAGCAAAAUCCAGCAGUCCACACAUACACACAAUUUCUUUUAACCAUGGAUAAAUGUUCUUUUUACAUAUGCAUCACCCCACAAUGGCACAGACACCAUGCAUGUAGGAAAGAGCCAAUUGCCUGCAUGCAGGGCUGAGAUUAAAGUGCACAUAAACCACCUCUGGGAUUGAGCACUCCUAGCCUAAAUUGGAUUAUUUAAAAGUCUCUUUUAAGGUUCCCAGAAUAACUAAAUAUAUUCUGAAAGUCAUUUAUUUCUGAUCAGAAUUAAGUUGUUUUGAUGUAACUGUUAUGGGUUAACAUAAGAUUAGCACGAAUUUUUAAACAUGGGCUGGGAGAAGAGGGUGUGACAGAGCUUUAUCUUGACUGAAAUCUAUCUUAUUUGAAAUGUAUGUUUUUAGUUUACUGUGACUUCUGUUUUAUUUUUGUCAUCUGAAAGGGUUUCAUGUUGAAGCCACUGAAAAGGGACUCAAAUAUGCAACACCUAAUCUAUUUUCUAAGGGAAUUUUACCCUUGAAUGGUGCUUUUAGACUGGUCAGGGUUAUUUAUUAAAUUUUUAUAUAUUUUAAAGUAUUUGGGAAUUGUGUAAAUCCUUUAUAUAUAUAAUAUAUAGUAUAUAUAUAUGAAUGAGUCUAUUUAGUUCCAUGAAUUGUAAGCAACAGUAAUACUCAGCAACUGAACCCAAAGUUCAGUGAAGUCAUUCAGAAUGUUCAGAGUUUGGCAGCCAUGCAUCUCUUUUUUCAAUUAAAUACCCUUAAAGGACUUAAAACUAUACAGCCUGUUGCACUCUCAGACAUCCUUAAAAUGGUGCAUUAAAUCAGUUAUGCAAGCUUACAUAAUGUUAAAUGGAAAUUGGGUCUGAGAGAGUUGUUCUGUGUACCUACUUGGAGAUAUGGAGCAAAGUUUCAGUAAGUGGCCGUGGUUAUAACCUUUAUAAAUAUCUGCUUUUAAGACACAGGACACAGCUGUCCUACUGCCAGCAUGCUGCAGUGGUUUUCAAAAUUUUCAAAGGUUUAUUCAGAGUAGACCCGUUGGAAUUAAUGGGCCCCAGUUAACCCAAAUGACCAACAUUGAAUACAACCCUGUGCUCUGGGGAACACUUGCAUUCCCUAGAACAGGGGUGGCCAACUCCGAAGAGACUGCGAUCUACUCAGAGUUAAAAAUUGGCAGUAAUCUACACCCUUUUGGGGGGUUCAGGUCAAAGUUGUUAAGCUUUUUUAGGGAGGAAAGCCCCAUUUUUAGGGGUUCAGCUCAAAGUUGUUGAGAUUUUUUUAGGAAGGUGAAGUCCCAUUUUUAGGGGUUCAGGUCAGAGUUGUUUAGGGGAGCCAAAGUUGUUGAGCUUCUUUGAGGGGAGCCAGUGAUCUACCACAGAUGUCCAGUGAUCUACCGGUAGAUCACGAUCUACCUGUUGGACGUGCCUGCCCUAGAAGUUUGGGGCUCUUCAGUGGGAAAAUGCUUGUCAUUCCUAAUAUUGCAGCCAGCAGGGGAGUACUGCUUGCAUGCUACGCUGAACUUUCAGUUCAUGCAGGACAUAAGGCCCAACACGCAGCUUGGAGAGCAUUUAGAUUGAACAUGAGAAUACAUCCUAGAAGAGGUUUGCAGCCACCAAGCAUGGUCCCCCCCUUUUUUUCUUUUGCACUAGAAGCCUCAAGUACACACAACAGAAGCAGGUACAAAAUAGUGGCUCAGUGGGGUGGACAGAUAUUUAACAUUAAGGUGUAGGAUGCCUCUGAACAAAUACUAAACCAGUGGUGAGGAAUUGCUAGCUAGUAGUCUAUUUCAGCUCACAAGGCCAAUUACCCCCAAGCUACAUCCAGCUGAUGUCAUAAGCUAAGGAAUUUUAUUUUAGGACCAGAACUAAGCUCCAGCCCUUGCAAACCAAAAUCCACUCUUGCUUCCUUCCCCUCACCAGUUUUGUUUCAGUACCGGUAACUGUGAGGGCUCUUUGGUGCUGGAAUGAGAAAUCCUUGCUGGUCUACUGCAAGCCACCUAGUAGGUUCUGAUCUGCCUUCCCUUGCUCCAGAACAUGCCUCGGAAUCCAGCAGUCCCCUAAUAGAGCAGUCCAAUGCAGGAAAUAAUCCCUGAAGAGUCAAAAGAGUGAAAACCACUGGGCAUACUGGGAGAUUAGUCUUUGGACUUUGCUGAAGGCUUGUUUACACCUUUCAAUUUAGGGGAGAAACUCAUGGCUGAUUUGCAUGAUCUAGCUGCACUUGUUUUAUCAGAAAGUUGUACUAUUAAGUAAACAUCUACUGUUUAUAGAUUGCUUUUGUUUUUCCUCAUAAAUAUUUGAACACUUUGAAUGACUAACCUCUGUGUCAAUACCUUGCAAUAUUAAACCGGUAACCUCACAAACUCCACACUUCAUCACCAUAUGAAGUAAAUGAAGCUAGCUAAAGCGGAUGCUGUUGAAAGCAACUAACUUGCCAUUAAGGAUUCUUUUAUAGCAUGAAAUAUUUUAGAAUAUUUAUUCAAAUGAUUAUUUUAAUCUUGUACUCAAUUUUUUUUGUUUCUAGAUUUUGUGACAUGAAUAUUUCAGUGCUGCUUUGUUUUGUUCUGAUGGAUUUCUUGUUUCUUGCUUGUAAAUUGCCUUUUUUAAGGUAUAAAUAAAGUCAAUGGGAAUUGCUGUUUAUAAAUUAAAAUGCUUCUGAAGCACA